AUGAAAUCCCGGGAGACUUUGUUCACUGAUUCGACUUUGGAAAUUCUCGUACCUCACGGCAUAAUUAAUUGUAAUGAAGAAGAGGUCGAAAGUAUUUUCACAGCAAAAGCCCGAACUCAAGCAUUCUAUGAUGAACUCUUAUACUUUUAUCUUCACAUUGGUCUUCCCGAGGAUUCUG